GACACGUAAGUUUUUUAAAGAACUGACAUAUAUUUUCCAUUGUUAUUGAUUGGAUGACGCUUGUUGUGUUUUCUUCUAGUUUUCUGUGUGAUAUAAAAUUUAUUAUAAACAAAUAAAAAAAAAAUACAUAAAAGCAUCUAAAAAUAAAAUUUAAUUUGUAUAUUGUGUACAAUUGUGUAUAAACAGUUACAAUAACUUGGAAACAAAAUAAAAUGGACGCUCGUGUUAACCGGAAUAAUAAUUGGGAAGAAUUAGAUGUAACAAAAAAAGAAUUAAAUAACAUAAAUGAAUGUUUAAAAAAUAAAGAAUUUCGUAAAUUAUUAAUUGAAUAUGCUGAUGAAAUAAAUAAUCCUGAUAAUCGUAAAUUAUAUCAAGAUGAAUUAACACAAUUGGAAAAAGAACGUGGUAUUGAUAUUAAAUUUGUAAAUCCAGAACCGGGUUACGUCAUUAAAACAACGUGUAAUGGUGAUAAGAAAUGUUUUAUAAAUAUAAGUAAAAGUGAUAAUGUUGAAAAACCAACAAGUAAACCAUCACAAGACAAUGAUAAAAUACGUGGUUUACAAUGGUCAUUGCCAUACAGUUUAUCACCUCCUCGUGAUGACAUGGAUAAAAAAAAUCAUCUAUGUACUGUAUUUGAUGUUGUAUUUAAUCCUGAUACUCUAUAUCUUGCAUCGAAAAAUAUUAAAUUUCGUAAAAUUGUUAAUGAAACAGCAAUUGAUGGAAUUGAAAAUAAUUUCAAGGUCAAACUUGAUCGUAAUAAUUUAAAAUUUCCAAAAAUAAAUUUUAAAGGAAUAACUCAAUCAACAGUUAUACGUAAAAAAUGUGAUAAACCAACUGAAAAUAAUAUUGAUAUUGAGCCUGAAAUAUAUCAAAAACUUAUGUCAAGUUAUGAUGAAUCACGUAAUAAUAAAAAAUCAUAUAAUGAUGAUAAAUUAAAACGUCCAGAGCCAUCAACAAAAUAUACAAAAAAAAUUAAUAAAAAUAUUAACAAUGAUAAAUCAUAUACAAUACCAAAAUUUAUAAUAAAACAUCAAACAGAUAUGGAUAUACAAGAUUUUAAAAAUACAAAAGAUUCAAAAUUAUAUUCCGCAAUACCUAAAAAACUUGUUAUUAUAAUUGAUUUACCAUUAUUAAAAACAUCUGAUAAUGCAAUACUUGAUGUACAGCAUAAUCAAUUAACAAUGAUCAGUGAAAAACCAGCAAAAUAUCGUCUUGAUCUUCCACUGCCUUAUUGCGUUGACCCAGAUGAGGGUAAUGCUAAAUUUGAUACAUCAAAUAAAAAAUUAACAAUAACACUGCCUGUAUUACGUAAUAAUAAAACAUUUGAAUUUAAAGAUGAUUCUGGUGUUGAUAGUGAUCAUGGUAGUCCACCUAAUAAUAUUAUAAAUACAAAUGUUGAUAAUGAUAACGAUGAUGAUGAUAAUGAAGAAGAAGAUGAUGAUGAUGAUAAGAUAAAAUUAUUUGAUAAUUAUAAUGAUAAACCAACAAGUUUAAUCAAUGAAAUAACAGAUGAUACAUCAAUUAAAAAUGAUAGCUAUUCAUGUGAAGAGCAUAUACUGAAUGACAAUAUAAUUUAUUCACUGCCAUCAUUUACACCAAAUAUAUUUGAUAACACACUUGCAUUAACAGUACAUGUUAAAAAUGUUGAUUCAACAUCAAUACGUACAAAGUUACUUGAUAAUUAUUGUGGUAUACAAAUUAUAUUUUCAUCAGUUGGUGCUGGUUUUUUUCCAAUUUAUUAUGCAUUGUGUUUUAAACUUGAUAAUGAUAAUAUAUUUUUAAAUGAUACACUUGUUAUUGAACCAUGGGAUAAUAAUGUUGUAUUUACAAUUAAAAUUAAUAAUAUUAAUAAUUUAAAAUAUUAUUAUUUUGGUAUUAAUAAUGAUAAUUUUAUGGAUAAAAAAGAAUUACCACAUGUUGUUUCAUUUGAUGAUAAACUUGAGUUACUUAAAUCUGAUGAAUCACAAAUUAAUAAUGAAGAAAAAAUUAUUCAAGUAUUGCCGAAUGAUAAUGAGCUUGUUGUUGAUAUACAACCAAAAAAUAUCAAUGUUACAAAGACAACUGAUAAAUUGGUUAAUAAAAAAAUUAAACUACAAAAAACAAGAUCAAUGUCAGAGAGUAGUUGUAACAGUGGUGAUGAAUUGAAUAGUAGUAAUGGAAGUGAAAAUAAUAGAAUUGUUAGAGGAAUAUUAAAAAAUCGUAGAAAUAAUAUUUCACGAUCAGUAUCAGAAUCUAGUAUUGAUGAUACAACUGGUUUAGUAUCAUCUGUUGAUUUUAAUUAUGAUUCUGUUGCUGAAUUAAAUUCUGAAUCUGAAUGUUCAAGUUUUAAAAAAACUGUACGUUUUAAUGAUGUUGUUUCACGUCAACUCUUCAGAAAACGAUCAAGUAUACUGGGACGCAGAAAAAAAAAUCAACGUAAGCUACAAAAGAAAAAACAAGCUCAUGAUCGUCGUAUGAGUGAAAGUGAAAAUUCCGAGACUGAUGAACGUGAUAAAUAUAAAAUAGUUGAUAAAAUUAAUCAUGUUAAUGAUGAUAAAGGCAUUGAAAAUGUCAAGCCAAUACUUAAUCGUGAAAAAUCAGCUCAAAUUAAAACAUCAAAUAAUGAUACUGAUAAUUUUCAUGAUGAUGAUAAAAACGAUUUAUCUAAAAUUGAAUUUAAAAAUGAUUUAAUUUUUCAACUGGAUAUGUAAAAUUAUUUCAUUAAUAUUAUUUUAUUUUUAAUUAUUUUUUUUUUUUCGAUUUAUAUGUACUUUUUUUGUGAUAAUAUGUCGUUAAACAAUAAUGGAUAUGUUUUUUUUUUUCGCACAUUUAAGCGAACAUUCCGCGAUAAUUUUCGAAUAAAAAUUAAAAUGAUUUAAAAUUUUUUUCAAACGAUAAAAUAUUUUAAACUAUGAAAUUUUUUUCUUCUUCU